AUGGAAUGUAUUAAGUGCCCACGUCGUGCUGUACCAAAUUGUGUUAUAAACGUCUGUCCACAAGGAUUGCCAGUUAUCGAUGGAAAAACUUUUGAACCACUUCCCUGUAGCAGUAAUAGACAGUGCAUAUCGGCGGACAUCCCAUCAAUUUGUUACAUUUCCCAUAGUUCAAGCGGUUAUUGCUGCCGGAUAUCCGAAAAAUCGUUAGACAUGAGAAAAACAUCUAAACUGGGUUUAUGUCCUCAUUCUGUUAAUAGUCCCGCAGAUUGCCGGAAAAACGAAAUCGAUAACUGCGUGGAGGAUAUUGAUUGUGAUGCGGUACAGAAGUGUUGCUCAAAUGGAUGUAAGAAAUUGUGCAUGUAUCCUGAGAUUACCACAGGUGUUGCGUGCAUUCAUUUAUUGGGUACUUCGAAAGCUUUCGAACCAGGUUCAUUUGUUCCACAGUGUGAUGAGUCUAGUGAUUUUACUCGGAUCCAAAACUACGAAAAGAAUCACAAUGGUUUUGACCAAUGUUGCUGUCGUGAUCCUUGCAAAAAUGUUCAAUGUCCAUCGACACACGUCUGCAGACUGAUUGACAUCAAAUGUCUAUUUGGAAAAAGCUGCCAUCCGAUUCCUAAAUGUGUAUUAAAUGUUUAUCCGAAAGGUGAGCCGUUAACGUUGUCUAAUGUGCGUAAACUCGUACUUUGCAAUACAAAGGAAGAUCACCAUUGUCCACUAGAAUACUUCUGUCAACAAACUGAAGAUUCAUCAGCCGUGUGUCCAACAGAGUUUGGACUUCGAUCUACUGAUUCCAAACUAUGUAAAAUAAGAUGUCGUACACAUAAGGAUUGCUUAUCCGGCAAAUGCUGUUUCAACGGUUGUGGAACAUCCUGCACGGAUUUACGAGCAGAAGAAGUCGACCGAAAUACUGUUUUGGGCUUUUCGAAAGGAGUGUUUUCUAGAGCUUGUAUUCAUAAAUUGACUUCCUAUAACAAUGCGAAUAAAAAGAUAUUUUCAAACGGAUCACGAAUCGAAUAUUAUGAGAAUGGGACAUUCAAAGAAAUUCAGUGCGAUCAACAAAACAGGCAAUGUCGGUGCGUCAAUACAAAGACCGAUGAAGAAAUGUUUGGCACUAGGGUCAUGGUCGCUAUUACUAAACCGAAUUGUCAAACACCAAUCGCUUGUUCAACAGUAUAUGAUGAAAUGAAAUGUGAACAUGACCCGCAGUUAGAUACCAGUGGUUGUCCACUGAAUGGUUUUUGCGAAUGUAAGAAUCCGAGCGAAGAGAUAAAGUGCGCCAGAGAAGGAGAUGUAUGUGUGCUGAUGCCGGUCAUUUGUAUUAUUUCGUCCUGCCCUUCUGUACCGCAGUGUAAAUCGAAUCCCUGCCCAAAAUAUUCGAAAGCUUUGCGGGACAAAAAUAAUAAUGUGUUUUCAUGUGUGCAAAAUGAUGACUGCAAUAGAGGUUCUGUAAAUUAUUGCCGAAUGAGCGAAAAUAUGGAAUUUACUGUUCUUCAGAUUGCAGUGUGGAAUGUUCCAAUGAUUCAGCAUGUUCUGGAGUGCAAUUAUGCUGUGACUAUGGUUGUAGCAAAAUUUGUGUCAUUCCAGAAGUUGCAACGAAUUGUAUUUUACUGUACGCUUCCAUCACCAAACUUAUCGAUUCGGGCGCUAUUGUCGAUAUGCAAAUACCUUGGUGUAACAAACAUACGGUGUGUGAACGCCGUAACUGGUGCUGUAAUCCAUGGUUCACGGAGUUCGAGGAUGAAGUUGCUCGAUUCAUCUCUUGCAUUUCCAUAUAGUGUUUGCUCUAGUGAAACAAAUCCAUGCAGUGAUACCCGUAAACCAGCACUGGAUGAAAUAACUUAUAUUCACUUGUCUUGUUUCGAAAAUCGUACUGAAAUGUGUCCUACUGAACCGGUUAUGAUGUGGCCAUGCAAGGAGCUUGCUACCCUGGAAUUAGUAUGUUUUGAAACAAAAGUUAAGAGCAAUCUGGGAAGCUGUCCUCAGGGCAAUCCGUUUUCAAACAAAGUUGAUGGAUGGCCGGUGAAUUGUACUCAAUUCGGAAAUAACUGUCCUUCCACACAUUAUUGUUCCUCAGCACCUGAUCAGUCAUUCGGUGUUUGCUAUGUGUCUAAACGAUAUGUCUGUCGUUUGCCGUUGGAUGCUGGACCUUGUGCAGUCAAUCUUAAGCGAUACUAUUACGAUUACACAAAUAAAACUUGUAUUUCAUUCAACUAUGCCGGUUGUUCCGGCAAUUCAAACAAUUUCAUCAAUAAAAAAGAUUGUGAGAAAUUCUGCUUGGACAUCAGUGCUGAUCUAAAUGGCCUCUUGAAUAGCACUGACAAAGUAGUUGAAAUUUAUCAGCUUGGCUUUCCCUCACGGGACCUUUGUUUCAUGGCAAACAUCAACAAGAUAGCAUUUCGUCACUAUCUUAAGAAAAGAUUCGAUGUCGCUGACGACGAACUCAGGGAUAUUAUUAUCUAUGAUGAAAAUGUGGUACAGUUUGUAUUGAGAAGUGAAGAUGCUAAGUUAAAGGCAGCUAAUAUUUCCGAUCUGGCCAAUGACGGCUCUUUUCGAUUCACCUACAAUGACAAUAUUUAUCGGACGGAACCACAUUCUUGCUCCAGUCAUCGUAUUGCCGAAAAAAAAGCGUUGUGUGGGAAAUUAUUAUAUGGUAAACGUUUCGUAAAGAAAGUGAAUCAUCAUCGCGAAGCAUUUCUUCCUCUCAGUAUGCAAUCCGCACUGGCUGUGCAACACCGGCCGUCACGGCAAGCUCUAAGAGCGAUGGCAUCAAAAAACGGUCAGUGUUACCGACAAACAAUGAGUAAAGGAAGUGAUUUGUACAAAGUGCAUACAGCUCUCCAAACACCUGGUGGAUGUCAGCGAUAUCGAACCAUCAUCUACUAUUAA